UAUAAGAAAUUGAGAAUUUUUUUUUUGGUAAGUAGUAAGAAAGCACGUAAGUAAGUAGGCAGCGGCAAAAUAGAUUUACUGACUACUUACUCCAAUUAAUUUUCCCAAAACAGUCAAGGUCCAGACCUAUUUUCUUGCCAGUCGUGGUUCUGGCCUUGAUAUUAGUAUUAUGUCAUGAUGCUUGAUUUUAAAUUACACUAAGUUGCGAAAUUUCAGCUAAUAAUCAUAAUAAAAUAUCAACAAUCUCCAUAGCAUAUUAUAAUUAAUUUUUUAGACAAAAUAAAAAUAAUGAAUUUUAAAUUAACUAACUGCUGCUUCAAGAGCAGAAGAACAAUUGGCUCUCUUCGUUUUUUGUUUACAAGAAACUGUUUAAUGGAAAAAGCCGCUGUUGACAAACAUAAAAUGAAAGGAUGGCAAAUUCAUUCAUACGGUACACUGAAUGAAUUACAAUUUUCUGAUAAAUUAAGAAUUCCUAUUAUUCGUUGUCCGAAUGAAGUACUUGUAAAAGUGACAUCUGCCGGAGUGAAUCCGAUUGACGUAUCUAUGGUUGGAGGAUAUGGUUCCAAAUUAAUAAAUAUUUUAAGGUGUAAUCGUGAAGGUAUUGAGUUCCCCCUAACUUUUGGACGUGAGUUUACAGGAGUCAUUGCGCAGAAAGGUAUGGGAAUUUGCAAGGAUUUGCAGGUUGGUGAUGAAGUUUGGGGUGUUGUCCCUAUUCAAAGACAAGGAAGUCAUUCAGAAUAUACGGUUGUGCCGGACUUUUGUUUAUCGAGAAAACCUGUAAAUUUGAAUCAUAUUGAAGCUGGAUGUUUACUUUAUGCAGGAUUAACAGCUUGGUCUGGUUUGUUUAUUUCCGGUCAACUAGGUGGUGUUGCUGGAGCUCUAAAUUGCGGGAAUACUUGUAGUCAAUCCAAUACAAAAAAAGUUUUAGUUCUAGGUGCAUCGGGAGGGGUAGGUUCGAUUGCUAUUCAAAUUUUACGAGCGGAAAACUCUACAGUUAUAGCUACUUGUUCUACAGAUGCAAUACCUCUUGUUAAAAACCUUGGAGCCCAACAUGUUAUUGAUUAUUCAGAUCAAACACAAUUAAAACAAUUAGCAGAUUUUAGCCCAUACGAUAUAAUUUUAGAUUGUGCUGGAUUAGGCCCAAAAUACGCUGGGCAUUUCGAUUGGCAAUUUAAAAGUUUUGUUACAUUUUCAUCUCCACUUUUAAAAAAUGUCGAUGAGUCUGGAAUAGGCUUGGGAAUGUUAAAAAAUUUUAUUGAAUUGAUAGAAUCGAAUUCAAAAACAUUGUCAUUAAGGCAAGGAUGCGUUAAAUGGGGUUAUUUUGUACCAGCUCCACAAGGAAUUGAAUACUUGAAAAAACUGAUUGAAAGGAAAAAGUUGUUACCACAAAUAGAUUCAACAUUUAAUUUCGAAAAUACGAAGGAGGCCUAUGAAAAAGUUAGUCACGGACAUUUGCGUGGAAAAGUAGUGAUAGAUUUUAUUAAUGAAAAAAAAAAUAGUCAAUGAUACGCUAAAUUAUUGAACUUGUAUAAUAAAAGGAAAUUAAUAUAACUGCACAACUUUUUAAAUAAAACUAGUAAAUUUAUUUUUUAUU